AUGAGGGCAGAAAGAAGAGCUAAGGAGAAGGCGAUUCAGGAGAUGAGCGCAUUCACCGAAAGAACCAUUAUAACAAGGAAGUGCUCCAGUGCUCUGGUGGGCGUGCUGAAGGAGGUGAGCUGCAAUGCGUUUACCGAGUUGGAAAUAGACACGGUAAUAUCGAGGCUUUUGCACGCUUUUCAGACGCGAGACCCGUAUUUGAAGGUCUUGUCGUAUGCGUUUAUACGAAACAUUGCAGACCUGUCGUCGGGAUCUUUUGUUGCCAUCAACGCCCUUAUAAACAACAUAACAGCGCGGAAAGACGGGCUGCGGGCGGAGGCGCUGAAGCUGCUUCUUCAAAUAACGCCCGAGCAGAUGCUUGAGGACUGCUCCAAGUAUGUGCACCAGGCGCUUAUAGAGACGGAGUACAGCACUCUGAACACCAUUGUUCCGGUUCUUGUAUUCCUGAACAACCCUUCUCUGAGCGAGUGGUUCAGCAGCUGUGCCUGGAUGAAGGGGUUGAAGACGAGUGGGGCGCUGGGGAAUGCUGUUUUGUUUAUGCACAGAGUGCGCCCGCAGGAGAGCCGGGAGGUGAUUUCGGUUCUGGGGUCGCUGCCUUUGCACGGGAUAACAGCUGUUCACUGUGCCAGGUACCUGUCAAACUACUUGGCCAACCCGAGGGCGCAGAAGAUAUUCACGCAGUUCUUGGUUUUGGACGAGACAGACCCCGCGCCUUUUAUUGAGGCGCUGCGGCACAUCCACUUGCUGCCAAAUGCAAUCGGCCAUCUGGACGCGCCUGUUAAGGGCCUGCGGAGGCUUCUGCAGUCGAAUAGCACGGUUGUAAAGGUGUCUGCGCUGCGAACCAUUGAUGCUUUGGCGACAAGGUAUAAGCAGAAGAUGGCGCCUCUACGGGAGGUGGUUGAAGAAAUGCUCACAGGCAGCAGCACGGUGGCGCUUCUGGCAAUGGCCAUUCUUCUGAAGGUGGGGAGCGAGAAAACGGCAGGAAAGAUUGCAGAGUCCCUCCCAAAGCUGCUGUCAGACAUUGGAGAAACACAGAAGAUCUCAAUCAUCGAGUCUGUCACGGGGAUGUGUGACAGGUUUAAGGGGACCUCGUGGGACGAGCUUCUAAAGAAGGCGCUGAAUGCCCCGGGGUCGUGCGACUACAAGAUUAAGAUAGUGCAGAACAUUGCGAAGAUCAGGAGCGGGACAGAGGACAAGGGGCUGAAGAGGUCGCUGGAGCAGAUACUCUGCAGCUAUAUUGAAGACUCGUCGUACCCCAGAGUGACCAUUGAGAUUAUUGGCAUUCUCAUAGACGUGAAGUCUCCGGAGUACACAAUUUCGCUUAUGAACCGGACCAUCCUGGACAAUGAGAACGUGCUUCCUGCUGUUAAUCUGGCGCUGUCUGUUUCAGAUGAAACCAUUCCCAUGCAUGCGCUUUUUGGAGCAGAGUGCAACGAAGAUAUUCUGAAGGCGCCCACUGAGCUCAACAAGAGGGUUAUUGACCUGCUGCAGGAGGACGCAGAGAUGUUUGUUCAGAAGAGGGAAGAGACCCAGCUGGAGGCCAAGUUCAACUCCAUGCAGCUGCAGGCCUCGGACCGCAUUGAGCUAAACAGAACCGAAAGCGAGUUUGGCAUUUCUGUGGUCAAGAACAUAUUCACAGACUUUGUUGUUUUGCAGUACACAAUAGCCAGCAAAAUAGACCUUGUUUUGGAGGAAGGCCGUCUUCGCGUGUUUUUGUUUGACGAGUGCAUCUGCGAUGAGGUGGUGUAUCUGAGGGGCAGGGAGUCAACCAGCGUCGAUGUAAAAAUACCGGUGGAGGACUACAGAAGGCUGUGCGGCGCGGAAAUAGUAAACACAUUCGGGUACUCGGUUUACGACAACCGCGACUACGAGGUGGGCGAGGUGCGCCUAAACAACUGCGAAAUCACGGUCAGCGACUUCAUUGCGCCAGGAGCCAGCCAGGAAAUAGACUGCGAGCCUCUGGUCAGAGAGUACAAGUUCAAUAUGCCAAAGGAGGAGGUCGCCAAAGAGCUCAAAAACAUAUUUAAAAUGGACGUGGAAGAGAGCGAGUCGGGCCUGGAGUGGUCGGGCGUGUUUGUUUACACAGGCGACCCUGUGCAUAUAAAGGCGUCUGUAAAGGAAAAGGGGUCCAUUGUGAGAGCCGAGAUAAAGGUCUUCAGCAAGUCAGAGGAUGUGAAGAACCUGCUAAUAGACCUAAUCAACUGA